AUGGUGCUGCACCGGGCCAUCCAGGUGGCCCGAGACGGGGACCUACCGGCCCUCAGGGAGCUGGCGGCCGCCGCAGAACUGGGCCCCGACAUCGCCGACGCCCAGGGGGCCACGCCCGUCCACCACGCCGCCCGCUGCGGCCGCCUGGACUGCCUGCGCUUUCUGGUCGCCGAGGCGGGGCUCCCCGGCAACGCGGCGGCCCGGAACUGGGCGACCCCGGCCCACGACGCCGCCGCCAUAGGGCACACCAGGGAGCUCCAGUGGCUGGUGGAACACGGGGGCUGUAGUGUUAAGGACCGGGACAACACGGGGGCCACUGCGCUCCAUCUGGCGGCUCGCUUCGGCUGCGUGGAGGCGCUUCAGUGGCUGCUGUCCGUCGGGGGCGGGGCCGAGGAGGAGACGGACUGCGGGGCGCUGCCUGCCCACUAUGCCACAGCGAAGGGUGACCUCACCUGCCUAAAGCUGCUGAUUCAGGAGGCCCCUGGGUGUGUGAAUCGGCAGACGAGUACAGGUGCCACCCUGCUCUACCUGGCCUGCCAGGAAGGCCACCUGCAUGUGGUGGUGUACCUGGUGAAGGACUGCCGGGCGGACGUCCACCUGACGGCCCACGACGGAAUGAACGGCCUGCACGCGGCUGCACACAGGGGCCACCACGACCUGGUCGUCUGGCUGGCCUCCUUCACAGACAUGAGUCUGUCAUGCCAGGACUACGAGGGGGUGACCGCACUGCAUUUCGCUGCCAGCGGAGGGCACUACCGCAUCCUGGAGCGGUUGCUGCUCUUGGGGACAAAGGUCAUUAAGGACGACUGGGGUGGCACUCCGCUUCACGAUGCCGCAGAAAACGGGGAACUCGAGUGUUGCCGAAUUCUGCUGAGAAAUGAGGUGAAUCCUACCACGCGUGACAGAGAUGGAUUCACAGCGGCAGACCUAGCUGAAUACAAUGGGCACUAUGACUGUUCCAACUACAUUCGGGCUGUGGAACAAUGCCCCUCUACAGCAGAUAGGUCCCUUGCAGAGACCGACACUGACGAAGGAAAGCAGAGAGAGUCAUCCUGGCAACCUAGUUCCACCGACUACUACCGUCGCUUGACUGAGCCUUGCACCGAGUCCUGCAGCAGCAUCAGUGGGAAGGCAGUGACUGAAGCAGUGCCCCUGCUAAGCGACCCCCCUAAGAAUUCAACUGUCAGCGCUGUCAUGGCCUCCUCUAGUGGGAAUAACAAAGCUUUGCAUUCUGUGAAGUUGACCAAGAUUGCUGGGGGCGAGAAAAACCUCUUCAGUGAAAUUAAGUCCUUUAAGUCUUUGAAACAAGCAGGGAUCACAGCAGUCUUCACUGGGAAAAAUAAAGCAGACAAGAUGGUGGUGCUGCCCACUGAGGAGGCAAACCUUUCUGAUAUUGAUUACUUGGUGCCCACCCAAGAUGAGAAGGGCCGGCCCAUAGCAGAGUGGAAACGGCAGGUCAUGGUGCGCCAGCUGCAAGCUCGGUUACAGGACGAAGAGAACCAGAGGAGAAAGGACAAUGGGAAGAUGGACAGUUGGAGAUACUCCCAUAUUCACAAUGCCAUCCUUGGUCCUUUGGGGGAGCUUUUGACAGAGAAUGAUCUCAUCCAUCUGGAGAAACAAAUUGAAAACGUAUCCAUGCAGAAGCAGUCUGAAGGCUACGAGAUGGAAUUAGCCCGACUUGCUGAAGAACUGAGGACCAUCCUCCCAGCUCCCAUUGUCAAUAUCAGUGCCAACACACAGUUCAGGAAGCCCAGCACAGAUGGCCAAGCCCCUCUACCAGUGUGGUGUAAUCGCAUCUCUGGAAUUGUGAAGAGCAUGUCCCUGCUCAUGGCUAACCUGUCCGACCAUCCCUACUGUAAAAUGCCCAACACUGAACUCGUGUCCGUCUUCUCCCAGGUGCCGGAAAGGCAGAAUUCCUCUAGAGGAAGAAGAGAGAAAAUCGAAAACGAGAUUCAGCAAUUCGGGGUUUCGGUCCGAAAUUUGAAGUCAAACUUUGAGAGUCAGAAUUCGUUCUCGUCAGACGAAGCCGGCGACGCCUCGCUCGUGUCAUACGUGCAGGAGGACCCUGCUGAGGACAGGACGGCGGCGACCCCCGGAGCCGUCGACGACAGUGACCCGCGUAUAGACUGCGACGAGGCUACUCCCAACGUCAUGGAAACCACCAGCUUGCGCAAAGAGCGCAUCGUCGUCUUAUUCUUGGGUCACUGGAAGAAAACCGCCUAUGCUUUGACCGUCAAAGUCAAGGAUGCUGAAAGGAAACAGAGUUUGGACGGGCAGGAAACGGCUGAGAACCCCAGUAGCAGCGAGGCCACGCAGGCCCGGUCCAAGACGACUAUGAAGAAUGGCUCCUUGAGCCACUUCUUCAAGCAGAGAAGCGCCGUCGACAGAAUGAUGGGGAACUGGAGGAACAUGAUCUCCAGCGUGCCCUCUCGGCAGAUCCGCCGCCUGCAUCGGCAGCAAGUCACGUACUCUCCAGAGCAGUUCUUACCUCGUGUGGACGGAGCGACCGUAGACUACGACAGCCUGACCCUCGACCUCUUCAUGCUGGGCUACUUCCACAUCCUGGAGCUCGACCUGUCACCGGACGAAAGGAAGAUGCGCCACCUCCUGUGCUUCGAGGUUUUUGACCACGUGGGCCGCUUCACCUGGGAAACAGUCCGGGAUUUCCACAAAGCCGUCCUCCAGAACAUUGAGGCGGGGAACAGGGAAUGGACAGACGGCUUUGAGGACAUCAAACUGAAGUUCUUUGGGAACAGCCAGGCCCAACCUCUGCCAGAGCCUUCUCCACUGGAGAUAAGACAAGUACCCAAGGUUAUUGUUCAGACUCCUACCCCUGAUGAACAGUUGCAGAGUGGGGUAGACAUCUCCAGCUUCAGCAAUGAAGAAAUUUGCAGAUACAUUGAUCGUAGUUUUUCUUUCUGGAAAGAGAAAGAGGCAGAAAUUUUUGAUUUUGAAUAG